UGUGGUGAAGCCAACAAGCUUCGCGUCUGUUUGUAAUUGAAUUUUGUCGCUGGUUUAGUUCGUGUUGGUUAAUCGUUCGUAGUGCACGUAGAUCAUGUCUGAAGGAUAUAAACUUGGGGAUUUAGUUUGGGCGAAAAUGAAGGGUUUCAGUCCUUGGCCUGGCCGGGUAGCGGUUCCCACUCCUGAACUUAGAACGCCGAAGAAGGCCACCAACGUACAAUGCAUUUACUUCUUUGGUACAAAUAACUAUGCUUGGAUCGAAGACAUCAACAUCAAGCCGUACCAAGAGUUUAAGGAGCAGUUGAUCAAAUCCUGCAAGACGGCUGCGUUUAAAGAAGCCGUGAAUCAAAUCGAAGACUUCAUUGAACAUCCUGAGAAAUUCGGAGAUCUAGACGACCACACCCGUAACGUGGAGGAGGAAUUCGAUAAACUGAAGGAGAACGUCGAAGGAGACGACAGCAAAGAGGAGGCGACUGAAGCUGAUGAUGCACCCGCUCCAGAGUCUGCGAAGAAAAAGAGUUCCACGCCUAAGAUACGUUUGGGCAUUUCAAAGGUGAAGCCUAUAAAGCGUGCCUCGUCGGCCGGCGUCAAGUCCACGCCGCGGAAGAAGGCAAAGAGUUCCCUCUCCAGGUCGUACACCGACUCCGAUGUCGCCAACGAGAAGCCGUCGAUGCUGAACCACUCGUUCUCCAAGAAGUCCAGCCUGUUGCAACGUCCCUCGAAUAUAUUGAGACCUGAGACUCCCCCGCUGGACCUGGAGAACGUUUCUGAGACUCUUCUAGAGAAGAACAUCAAGGCCAGCCAGAUGAAGUUCGGCUUCCUCGGACUCGGCAUCAUGGGCUCGGGUAUCGUGAAGAACCUCCUCAACUCGGGACACAAGGUCAUCGUUUGGAACAGAACCGCGGCCAAGUGCAAAGACUUCGAGAAAGUUGGGGCCACGAUUGCGGUGACACCAUGCGAUGUGGUGGAAGAAGCCGACAUCACGUUCUCAUGUGUGGCUGACCCUCAAGCAGCUAAAGAGAUGGUGUUCGGUAAUUGUGGCGUGCUGCACUGCCCGACGCUGGAGUCCAAGGGCUACGUCGAGAUGACCUCGAUCGACGCCGACACCUCGCACGACAUCGUGGAAGCCAUCAGCGGCAAGGGUGGCCGCUACCUGGAGGCCCAGAUACAAGGAUCGAAAACGCAAGCGGAGGAAGGCACGCUGAUAGUGCUGGCGGCCGGCGACCGCUCGCUGUUCGACGACUGCCAGUCCUGCUUCAAGGCGAUGAGCAAGAACUCGUUUUACCUUGGUAGUGAGAUCGGCAACGCGUCGAAGAUGAACUCCGUGCUGCAGGUGGUGGGCGGCGUGUCGCUGGCCGCGCUGGCCGAGGGGCUGGCGCUGGCCGACCGCGCGGGGCUCAGCCAGGCCGACCUGCUCGACGUGCUGGCCCUCACGCCGCUCGCCUCCCCGCACCUCAUCCUCAAAGGACGCGCCAUGAUCGAGUCCUCCUACUCCACGCACCAGCCCCUCACGCACAUGCAGAAGGACCUUAAGCUGGCGCUGGGGCUGGGCGACGCGCUGGAGCAGUCCCUGCCGCUCACGGCCACCACCAACGAGAUCUUCAAGCACGCCAAGCGCCUCGGCUACGCGAACCACGACGUGGCCGCCGUCUACAUCCGCGCCCGCUUCUGAUGCGCCCCCCACCCCCGCCGCGACCCCCCGCGCCCGCCCGCGCCGCCCGCCGCGCCCCCCGCCGCCCCCGCGCCGAGCACGCGGCUCGUGACGUAAUACUUCAGGGUUUUUCAUUUUGAAAACAAAAUAUUUUUUAUCUAUACUAAUAUAUAAAUCUACAGUGGUUUUUACGGAUGUUCCGUUAUAACUACUGAACCAUGCAUCCGAUUGACUUGAAACUUGGUAUCCAUGUAGAAAGUACAUGUACUUAAUGGAUAGGCUAAUAUUUAUAUGAGUGUUGGACCUACACCGGCUGCGGAGGCGUUAAUGAUGAGAAUAUUUGUGGGGGGUGAGAAAUAACAAUGUUAAUUUGAAAUGCCCAGCAAAGCGGACGGGUACAGCUAGUUAUCAUAAUAUAUAAAUAGUAAUCCGUGUUAUAUACUCUGUAGAUGUGUGACCGAACAGCGUUACGUCAUUGCGUCCGCGCGCUGUGUGUGCGGCGUCGGUGACGUCACGUGCGGUCCCGCGGGGGUCGCGCCGGAACAUUUCAAGUGUGACCAAUCUUUAAGAAUUAAAUUGUUUUAGACGUAAUAACGAUAAGGAAUUAUAAUCUAGACGUAUUAGGUAAGGUACUGUACAUAGUACAUCGGAGCCGGACAUUUGUCUUGAAUAUUGUUGUACCACUGUCCGGAUGUGGUUUUCUAAUACAAUACAAACGUGAUCCUCUGUUUUGACUAAAAAUAAAUAAAAAAAUUUAGUUGUGGCUUUGUCGUUGAAGUGUUAUUUUCAUACGCUUUUUACUAUGUACAAGAAUUAAUAAACUGUAAUAAUUUUUAAUUAGUGUCAUGAAAAAAGUCGUUAUAACAUAUUUUGAUUGAAGAUAAUCGCCAAAUUUUUUUAAAUCGUUUAGAUGGGUGGACUAUCUCACAGCCUACCUGGUGUUAAGUGGUUACUGGAGCCCAUAGACAUCUACAACGUAAAUGCCGCCACCCACCUUAAGAUAUAAAUAGUAAGGUCUCAGUACAGUUACAACGGCUGCCCCACCCUUCAAACCGAAACGCAUUACUACUUCACGGCAGAAAUAGGUAGGGUAUUUCCUACCCGCGCGGACUCACAAGAGGUCCUACCACAAGUAAGAAUGCAUUUAAUUUGCCAUUAAAUAUGAAGGUAGCACUUCACGAUGUACUGGGGCUAGCUUCGCCCGGCCGUCCCUCCCCCCGGGGUGCGGGUUGUAAGUCGACUUCACAGAAGGAAAGUUUACCUACCCGCGUGUUUCAUCGCCAUGUAUGUAUGUUGUUACAUGUCGUCUUUUCGCAUUCAAAGUGAACAAUUUCCAAAAAUAUUCGAAAUUGAGUUAAUAUGCGGAAUCAUUUGGUAUCACCAGUAAUUUUUCUCAUAAAUAUUGUCAUAAGAGCGUAGUUUAGAUUUUGUUUUUUUGUUUACCUAUAUUUUGACUACUAUUAACAAAAUUAAUACAUAAUUUUAUCUUACUUUAAAAGACAGAUGAUGUAACUGGUAAAAAUAAAAAAAAUAAUGUUGCAAAGAUGAUAAAGAUAGAUAUUAAAAAAAGUGUGUGUGUCCGCUCCGACGCACGACUGGAGUUUACUGGAUAUAAAUAUAAAUUUGUGUCAGUUGAAUACAGUAAAAUAUGCAUUUAUUAAAAAAGCUUUAUUAAUAAAUGAUUUGUAGCGGGUUAUAUUCGGGUAUCAACCCACUAACAGUUGAUACGUUCAGGAAUCGAACCCGAACGGCGUCCGGCCACAAGCAAAACGAUGUCGGUAAAUUAAACGAAACAAUACGAGAAAUAGUUCUAUAUUACGACAACACGAUACACUACAGAUUAUUAACAAAUUAACGAGACACAAAACAAACGACUAACAAAUAUAUGAAAAUACAAUAAUGAGAGAAACGCGCGAUCAGUACGAGGCUUUGUGGCGGACUGCCGGCGCAGCAGCCCGGCGUCACCUGCGAUAACGCGGCCGCGCGUUGGCUCCUGAUUGGCGCGCGCACGCAUCACGCAAUCAGGAGCCAAUCAGGCGCAUAACGCAUUUCGUGUGACAUGCUAGUACGAUUUUGAUUGGCGCGCGCACGCAUCACGCAAUCAGGAGCCAAUCAGGCGCAUAACGCAUUUCGUGUGACAUGCUAGUACGAUUUUGAUUGGCGCGCGCACGCAUCACGCAAUCAGGAGCCAAUCAGGCGCAUAACGCAUUUCGUGUGACAUGCUAGUACGAUUUUGAUUGGCGCGCGCACGCAUCACGCAAUCAGGAGCCAAUCAGGCGCAUAACGCAUUUCGUGUGACAUGCUAGUACGAUUUUGGUCCCCAUAAUUUUCAUACCCCGGGCCUAUAUAUGUAAAUCGAUUCUUAAGGAGUAAACUCCAAAAAUAUCGUAUUAUGUUAAACCUUUAUAACACUCUCCUGUAAAAUUUAUAAGUUUUGAGUUUAUACAGUUUGAAUGCGAGAAGACGAUGUGUAAUGCUGACCGAACUCCACGAUCUUUGUCAUCCAAGGCCGGCCGAGCUAAUCGCGUCCUGUACAUCUCUAGUAAGAGAAUAAUAUGAAAUUUGAUUUAACUAACUUGUUUCUAGAUUGUAAUUGGUUAAGGAUCACUCAUAACUACGUUAGUUUGUUAAUGUUCAAUAGUUUUUGUUACGUGGCGUUGCCCGAGGAAUGUGCUUGUUGAAACUCUGAUAGCGCUGAUGUAUUUUUGUAUAUUGUGCUGAUAUCGAAUAUGUUGCUCUACGACAUAUAACAUAGAGUUUUAAAUUAAAUGAAUAAGAUAUCUCAUAAUUAACUUUAUGAUUUUCUGCAAUCAAAUACACUUAAAAUAAACAUGCAAUUUUUAAAAUGAAGUAAGAGUACUCUUGUAAACAAUCUCUUAAAAUAAGAUACGAACCGUUUUAAAAUAACGUAUGAAACAAAAAAAAAUAGGUUUUUAUAUGUAGGUACUGUAAACGAAUUCUUUUUAAUUUUCUAUAAUAAAUUAUUUUAAGGACAAAGAAAUUUGUUACUUCCACCACAAAGAAAUAUCACUGUUGCCUUGUCCCUAGUAAUAAAAUGUGAUAUGUGACCAGUCCUCAUUCAGACAUGAUUGCAUCUACCAAGCUUUGUACACGAUGGUAUUGGCAUAUAUAGUGCCCUAUCUAUUUAUAUUCUACCAAGAAUUAUUCUGUUCUAAAAUAUGUAUCAAAAUCAAAAUCUGGAUUAGGUAAUAAAUUACCUGAUAAUCUGAACACUUUCACUAUAACUGGAAUUGGAUGGAGGAAGAAUCCGAGAAGGAGAAUGUAAGAGAGCUACAGGAAUGUAAGAUCAGUUAGUUAUGGCUUCCUCUGAUGAAUAACCAGUCAUCCUAUUUACGUGGAGGAUACCUCUAAUGGAAUUGAAAGGAAAAUUAUCUGAUAUUAAAGUUAUCUAAUUUAGUCUGAUCAGUGAACAGACUUUUCUUCCUCUAUUUUUUCUUUAUAAAUUUAAACAGAUUAACGAAACAUCUCAAGUGUUCCUAACAAACUAUUUAAAUAUUACUAAAAAAGUCUAAAGUUCAACAAAAAUAUCGAUGUGCAAAAAAUUUUCAUUUCCAAAAACGUUAGUGGGGCGUCGAACAAUGGAGAGUCAAAAUUUAUUUAUAAUCAGGUAUAUUUUAACAAGAUUAAACUCAAUCAACUUUAAUUUUUCGAAAUGCUGCAUGAGGAUAUCCUUGGGUCAGUCUGAAGUCAUUGAUAAGUAAAAUCAUAAAGGAUUCCGUUGCAUUCGAGGGUUGCGCAUUUUUAUAAUGGCAACACUGCCAUCUGGAAUUUUUUGGCGGGAACGCAAGUGUGGAAAAUAGAAAUAAGUCGUUGGACGUGAAUCUUCUGGGUCUUCGAAGAAGCUCAAUAAAAUCUUAAUAAAUUCCCACCAAAUAAAGUGGAUUUUUAAUUUCAUCAAAAUUUAUUGAAAUUUCAGAAAAAUCAACUUCAUUUUGUUCCUAUUGAAUACAAUAUCAUAUAGCAAAGUAUAUACGAAUACAUGUAGUUCUGUCUAAAAUUCAAGAAGCCAGGUCAUCGGAACGUGUUGUAACAGUUGAAUUUAACAAGUACAUUCGCCUUGUGUUCUGUGUGCUUAGUGCGAGUUUUUUAACGUACUCGAUAGUGUAAAAGUUGGCUCAUAUUUGUAUGGAAUGGCAUUGUUUGCGUACGUUUGCCGCUAGGGGCGCUGUUCCAACUGCAUACAAAAUUGGGUUAACUUUUACGCUAUCGAGAACGUUAAGAAACUCGCACUAAGCACACUGAACUCGCAUGAGUUAACGGCACAAGGUUAAAACAUAUAUAAAAUUAGUUUGCACUUAUUUAAGUUUGUCUUGAAUCUUGAUUAGUUGGUCAUUACAAGUGUGCGUGAUGGCAACCAUUUUAAUUCGAAUUCAAUCUUGCUUGUCACUCGCGGCAUUUAAUUAUUUAAAAUAGUUUAACAUUACAAUCAGUAGCGAAUGAUGGUUUAAAUUAAUCAACGCGCAUGUGGUUCAGUGUAGUGCGCUGGAUAGAAAAUGUAUAUUUGAUGUUGGAAAGGCAACAGUAACCAUUCGCACGUAACCUUUGGACAAUAAAAUCAAUCGCACGCCACUGACUAAAAUUGAAUAAGUACAUAUUCAAAUACGUAGUUUUCCAGGAUACAUUAUGUAAAAGUUUGUAUAUUGUAUCUGUUAGUGGAACUGCCACAAAAACAAAUGUAUGAUGAUCGUAUUAAAUGACUGAUCAUAUUAUGAAAUAAAAACUUUUAAUACAUAUAGUUUUA